GCAUGGCGCACUGGUGCGGGAAAUGAAUUUUAAGUUCUCUUUCCUCAUAUAAAAAGGAUCUCUUCUUCAGUUCAUCAGAUAUUCAGAGCCAAUCCUCUUUCUUCAUUCUUAGUUUCAUAUACACAACAUUUACCUCUCUCUCGAUCUCUGCAUGAUAUUCAUAUAAAUACAUUAGAGCGAACUCGAGCUCGAUCUCCAAUGGCGUCGGCGGCAUGGCCAAAGCUCUGUUUUAUCUCAUUUCUAGCUCUGGCUUUGCUGUCUCUCAAUAUCGUUUCUGCAUUGAGCAACAGAAUGAUAACAAACGAACCUCAACACGUGGGAGGUGGUGUAGAAGAUCCAGAGGCAAUUGCAUUGAUGGUUCACACGAGCAUUCUUAAUGCAACAGAGAGGAGAAAGUUGGGUUUUUUCUCAUGCGGAACAGGAAAUCCCAUAGAUGACUGCUGGCGUUGUGACCCCAACUGGCAACAAAACCGUAAACGCUUAGCGGAUUGCCCUAUAGGCUUCGGACGUAAUGCUAUUGGUGGUCGAGACGGAAAGCAAUACGUUAUCACCGACCCCAGCGAUGAUGACGUGGUAAACCCAAAGCCAGGGACCUUAAGGUAUGCGGUCAUCCAAGUUGAGCCUUUAUGGAUAGUGUUCCAAAGAGACAUGGUCAUCACCCUCAAGGAAGAGCUGAUCAUGAACAGUUUUAAGACGAUAGACGCCCGUGGGGUCAACGUUCACAUAGCUAAUGGUGCUUGCAUUACAAUUCAAUUUGUGACCAACAUUAUCAUCCAUGGCCUUCACAUUCAUGACUGCAAGCCCACCGGGAAUGCCAUGGUCCGGAGCUCACCUACUCAUUAUGGUUGGAGGACGAUGGCUGAUGGUGACGGGAUUUCUAUUUUUGAUGCUAGCCAUAUCUGGAUUGACCAUAACUCCAUGUCUAACUGUGCUGAUGGGCUCAUUGAUGCUAUUAUGGGAUCAACAGCCAUCACCAUCUCAAACAAUUACUUCACCCACCACAAUGAGGUCAUGUUAUUGGGCCACAGUGACUCUUACUCUAGAGACAAGAUUAUGCAGGUCACAGUUGCGUACAACCAUUUUGGAGAGGGGCUGAUUCAAAGAAUGCCAAGGUGUAGGUUUGGUUACUUUCACGUGGUGAACAAUGACUACACACAUUGGGAGAUGUAUGCCAUAGGAGGGAGUUCAUCUCCCACAAUCAACAGCCAAGGCAACAGAUUCCUAGCCCCAACCGACUCUUUUGCAAAAGAGGUGACAAAGAGAGUGAGGACACCCAAUAGCACAUGGAAGGAAUGGAAUUGGAGGUCAGAAGGAGACCUUAUGCUGAAUGGAGCUUAUUUCAUUCCAUCUGGAAGCGCGGGCAUGAGUAGCUACGCCAAGGCCUCCAGCUUGGCAGCCAAACCUUCUACCCUAGUCGGCACUCUUACAUCUGAUGCUGGUGUCCUAUCUUGCCGUGCUGGCAGCCAAUGUUAAAGUUAUAUUCAAUAUACACACCACCACCAUCAUCAUCACUAUCAUAUAGCCAAAUCAUCUUAGGACUAGAAUUAACCGGAUCAUAUUUGAUUCUUUAUAGUAAGUAAAAUUUAGGGGUUAUUUUUCCAAAAUCUCUUCAACUAGAAACUUGAGAGGGACACCUGUGGCAGAUUACCCUGAGGUACAUACCAUACACAUCCUGAUAUUUUCUUCUUGGUUGAUGGGGAAAGGAUCUAUCUCCUUCCAGCCUUCCUCACUCUGUCUGCAUUUGAGUCAAAGUUCAAUGGAUGGAGAGUAUUAAAAAGAAGCAUGGAAAGGAAACAUUAAGAGUUCAAUUUUCUAUACAUGUUUAUUUUUCUUGAAAAUGAACUUUUUAUAUACUACAAUUUAAUUCAUUAUUGUGUAAAAUUUACUUCAUAAGCAUGUUUUUCUGUUUCUUUCUGUAAAUGUAAACUUAUAUAAGGUACUCCGGUCCCUCUGUUCCCAAAACGUUAUUAUAGAUUUCCAGCCUGUUCUGAAGUUAUUUUCUAUUUAAC